UUCCUGUAGUGUUUCCUGCCCGUACUAUGCCUGGGACACUCCCUACAUGCAAAUUCUAAUUGGGAUGUGGCAAGACCUUUCAGGAUUCCUUUUGAGCUAGUUUCUUCUUCCAACUAAUUUUUCAGAGGUGUUUAAUAGCACAGGCGACAUGAGAGAGAUGCAAUAAAGCAAGACCUACCAUGAUUCCGACAACAUUUGGUUACUUUCGUCUUGUUAGACUGCCUUUCUUCAAGGAAGAUAUUAUGUCUGCUCCACAUUAUAUGACAGAAUCUCUGACUUCAUGUUAAUUUACAUCACGAUAUGGAGGAAGAACUUAAUGAAACAUCUUGCUUCAUCCAGAGGACCACAGCAAACAACCUGCUGAUUACAGUAUAUUUUGUCAUCAUUAUUGGAGGAACAACUGGCAUAGCCCUCAUGAUCUUUUUAAUAACUGGUGCAAACAGACUAUCUGUAACAGUUACAUCAGUUAUCAACCUGCUGGUGGUUCAUGGUAUCUUUAUUGUAAGCGUACCAUUCCGCAUUGUAUACUAUUUCCAAAACAAAUGGCCUUAUGGACCGUUUUUUUGUAGAGUUGUGAGUGCCAUGAUUCACAUUCAUAUAUACAUUUCUUUUAUAUUUUAUGUGGUCUUAUUGACCAUGAGAUAUGUUGGUUUCUUUAAACAAAGGGAUAGCAUUGCAUUCUACAGGACUCUCCAUCCUCUUUUAGUUAGUGGCAUUGUAUGGUUUUUAGUAUGUGUUAUAAUUUUGCCACUGGUGUUUACGCAAUAUGGCACCAGUGCCACCUUAAAUGAAGCAGAGUGCUUCCAAUUUCAAACUGAAUUUCAAAAUAGAGCUGUGCUUAUCAUGAACUAUAUCUUUAUUACGGUCACUGUUUUAGUGGUGUGUCUUCUCCUCGCUGUGCAGAUAUUCAUAUUUGUAAAAGUUCUGAGGAAGAUUCAAAGGCCCAUUUUAGCAAAUCAGGAAAUCUGGGUUCAACUAAAAAGUCUCUUCUUUAUUUUGGUGAUGAUAACGUGUUUCUUCCCUUUCCAUAUUUUCAGGAUUUAUUACAUGCAGCAUGCAAAGGAAUGCUUUUAUUACAAUGAAAUUUGUUUGAGCAUAACUGCCCUUAGUUGCUUAGAUUUUUUCUUUUUUGCUGUAGCAAGAUUUUACAAAAAGAGCACAUGUGGGUUUACCUGCAACGUGUCUUGCAUAUCACACUAAUUCUCACACUAAUUGGGACAAACCAAUUUCUCUAGUAUACUACUGCAUUAAACAAAAAGUAUAUACACAGUAUAUCUGAAAUAUACAACCAAUAUUUAUUUAUCAAAGCACGUCAUUAAAAACUAUUUAAAGUAGAAUUCAGCCAAAAACUUUCUAAUGUUAAAUCUACUCUCAGCCACAUUCUUUUUUUUUAAUCAAAUGUUUUUUAUUGAUACAAACUCUCAGCUACAUUCUAAAACAUAUCUAUCUAACCCUGCAAAGAAAAAAUGGCUAUACAUAUCUUUUUGGAAGCCGGUCCGGUCUCCAGCUGCGGAUGCUGUGUACAGGAGAGACCCGACAACAGCUGGGAAAUGCCUGGGAAAUGCCUGGGAAGUGACGUCACCCAUAGAGUUACUAUGGGGCUUCCGUUGUCGGCUGCCUCUCCUGCACACGCCUACACACUGAAGCCACCGCUGAUAGCUCAGUGUGGGACCAGACUAGUUUAAAAUGUGGCUUCAAUUAGGUUUAGGGUUAGUUAGGUUUUUGCUGAACUUCUACUUUAACUAUUUAAAUUGUGCAGAAACUUUGUGUGGUCUCAAGGGGGUAGAUCCACGUACAUCGGCGCAUUAAUCUCCUGGGCGCAGCGUAUCUAAGAUACACUACGCCGCUGU